GGUGGGGUAGCAGCAGUAAAUUAGUCCUCUGUGUUCAUUGAGUAGUUGAGGAGGGUCAGUCCUCAGUGUCCAGCAGUAGUUGAGGGGGUUCAGUCCUCUUUCUCCAGUAAGACGUUUGAAAGAUGAAGAUGCUAUUCCUCCCGUUGCUGUUUUGGAUUCUGAUCCUGAGCACGACAGAAGUGAUCGGUGACUUUGCUCCUCAGUCCAGGAUGUCUAUAGUGGGAGGCCAGGAUGCUUAUUUGGGAAAGUGGCCUUGGAUGGCUUUUGUUCAAGUGAAGACAUUUAGCAGAACAUUUCAGUGUGGUGGUUCCUUGCUUAACGAUCGCUGGGUUCUUACUGCAGCACACUGCUUGAAGAAACCCUUCCUUGAGACAUGCAAUUCACUGGUGGUCCUGGGAGGACACAAGCUGGACAUUUGCAAUGAGCACCAACAGACCCGCUCCAUCAGGAGGGUGAUUUUACAUGAGGGGUACACCAACACCAACCAGGGGUCAGACAUCGCCCUGGUGGAGCUGGACAGUCCAGUGUCAACCAGCAAGUUCAUCAGUCCCGUCACCCUGGCCGACAGCAGUGACCGCUUCAAUGAGACGUCAGAGUGCUGGGCUACAGGCUGGGGGAACAUUGGGACCCAAGAGCCUCUCCAAUGGCCUCACACUCUACAAGAAGUCCGACUCUCCAUUAUAGACAACCAGCACUGCCAAGAGAUGUACAACAGCAAAUACACCAUCCAGCCAGGCAUGAUGUGUGCUGGGUUCAAGGACGGGAGGAAGGAUACCUGCCAGGGAGACUCUGGGGGUCCUCUGGUGUGUAAGAGGGGGAACCGCUGGGUCCAGGCUGGGGUUGUCAGCUUUGGUAAGGGUUGUGCUCAGCCCUUCUCCCCCGGGGUCUACACCCGCGUCUCCAGCUACAAGGCCUGGAUAACGGAGCACAGGUCCAGAUCCAGUCUGUCCCGGAUCGCAGGGGGUCAGGAUGCGAAGGAAGGAGAGUGGCCCUGGAUGGUUUAUUUCAAGAUCCUUCCUUUCAAAGGGAAGCCUUUGGAUGUCGUUGACUGUGGAGGCUCUCUGAUCGACAAGAACUGGGUUCUCACUGCAGCCCACUGCUUUGAUGAAUCCCUUAAAUGGUGGAAAUCCAAGGUGAUCCUUGGAGCGUACCAGCUGGACAGCAGCCGCGAUAACCGGCAGACGCGCUCCAUGAAGAAGGUCAUCAUUCAUGAGCAAUACUCCAGUCCUGCAAAGGGCUCUGACAUCGCCCUGGUGGAGCUGGACAGCCCAGUGUCCAGCAAUGCAUACAUUAGACCCAUCACUCUGGCCGGUGAAGCCCAGGCCUUCAACGAGACAUCAGAGUGCUGGGCUACGGGCUGGGGUGAUGUAGGGACCAACGAGGCUCUGAAACAUCCGCGCACACUGCAGGAAGUCCAGCUCCCCAUCAUAGACAACAAGAGCUGUCAGAAGAUGCAGAGAGGCCUCCAGAUUAGGAAAGAGAUGAUGUGCGCUGGUCUCAAAAGAGGAGGGAAGGACACCUGCCAGGGUGACUCUGGAGGACCGCUGGUCUGUAAAGAGAGAAACAGCUGGGUCCAGGUUGGGAUUGUGAGCUUCGGCAUCUUCGCCAUCAUCAGAAUCAACAACGUCAUCUCCAUCACUGCCAGUAUUCGCAUCACCAGCCUCACCAUGAUCUCCAGGAAAGUGAUCAUCAUCGUCAACGUCACCUCCAUAACCAUGGCCACCAUCAUAAUCAUCUAUCCCCUGGUUCUUGGACUCUGGACUGAGCCCUGGAUGCCCCCUUUGGACUGUCUGGAUCUGUUUGCCCUUGCCACGCCCCCCAAGCCCCCGAUCACCAUCGUCAUGCCCCCCUUGGCCAGCUCUCCUCUGUCCAGAAGCUCCAUAGUGGGUGGACAGGAUGCGAAGGAGGGACGGUGGCCCUGGAUGGCUUCUCUCAAUCUUGUUAUGCGCAGUGCAGGGAGAGGAGGAGUCUGUGGUGGCUCCCUGAUCAGUGAUCGCUGGGUUCUCACUGCAGCGUACUGUGUGGAAUUCCCCUUGAACUGGUGGGAAUCAAGUAUCACGCUGGGAGGCUAUCAGCUGUCGAAUUCUAAUGAGUACCAGCAAACUCACUCAGUGAAGAGGAUCAUCAAGCAUGAGAGGUACUAUGAUGUCGAAGGAGGGUCUGAUGUCGCCCUGAUAGAGCUGAAUGAGACUGCCACCAUCAACCAGUACGUCAAGCCCGUCGCCCUGGCCGAGGCCUCCAACAACAUCUCUGCCAAGUGGGACUGCUGGGCCACAGGGUGGGGAAACGUCGGAAAUUCUGUUUCUCUGUCUGAACCUGAGACGCUACAGGAAGUCCGGCUCCCCAUCAUAGACAACUUGGAGUGUCAGAAGAUGUUAAAGCAACAUUACGUCAUCCUGCCAGAGAUGCUGUGUGCCGGGUACGAGGCAGGAGGCAAGGACACCUGUCAGGGCGACUCUGGAGGCCCCCUGGUCUGUCGGAAAAAUAAGAGGAGCCCCUGGCUCCAGGCCGGGAUCGUCAGCUUCGGGCUGCAAUGUGCCGUCCCACUGUCACCUGGAAUCUACACCCGGGUCUCCACCUACAGGGACUGGAUAAAGAAACACACUGGGAUCUGAGGCUCCAGCUGAGGACAGCGCCCCUGGCUGACUUGCUGGCAAACUGCAGGCUUAGCUCAAUUUCAUAUUUGAUUUAUCACUGGUCAAUGUCACCUUUUGUACUGUUCCCACUGUUACUUCUCUCUCCCUUUUGUGUGUUUAUUACUGAGGGAUUCUCUGUGAUCUCCUUUCUCUCACUGUCUCUCCUGUC